AUGACCGAAAACUCAGACAGAGAAGAGCGUCCGGAAAGCGAUUACAGUCGCCAGACUAUCAGGCGGCGACAGUUACGCACCGGUUAUACUACCGGAUCGUGUGCGGCGGCGGCGGCAAAAGCUGCUACCCAGGCAUUGUUGACUGGGACCUCCGUCUCAGAAUCAACCAUCCGCUUGCCAGUGGGGAGAGAUGUUACUUUUCAGGUGAAUCACUGCCAGUGGUCCGAGGAAGGUGAUAGGGUAACUUGCGCCGUUACCAAGGACGGCGGCGACGACCCUGACGUUACCCACGGGGCAGAAAUUUGCUGCACAGUAUGGAGGGACCCAGAUCUCUCUGCCUCUGGCGUCCGCAUAGUUGGAGGGGCCGGGGUCGGUACAGUAACGCGUCCGGGGACGGGCAUUGAAGUGGGUGAACCUGCGGUAACACGGGUGCCGCGACGAAUGAUUGUUGAAUCUGUGGGCCAGGCUGCCUCUGAAUAUGGUUUGGACUCGAACACGGGGUUGGUGGUCCAGGUUUCAGUACCGGGUGGCGAAGAGAUUGCCAAAGAAACCACUAAUUCCCGGCGUUCGGGAGUUCACCUGCACGGCAUUUUCAUGAUUGGCGCACGCACUGGGGUAAGUCCAAAAAGUUCUCCACCCCCGCAGCAUGUGGGGCCAGAGACCACCUGGCAAUGA